AUUUUCCUGUUUGAUAGGAAUUUUGUGACAGAAGCCAUUAUAAUUGUUAGGCAAACAGAUAUGUUAUUUUUCGUGAGCAGCGCAGUAGGUCUUCGGGCAUAUUUGGCGCAGUCGCUAUAUAUAUAUUUACAGUCGAAAAAAUGAAUCGCAACCAUAGAUGUAUUUUUCCCACGAAAUUAGGCAAGGUAAUGUUUACACCUUUUUGUACCACAGUCUUUUUAUCUUUAAGAACUAAGCGUACUCAUGAAUACUAGGGCGUAUAGAAAGACGAACUGAUAUUAUAAAGGCUGAAGGGCCAGUACUUGUGAGGCGACGUGCGUGACGUGAGGCAGUGAAGGCGGAAGUUAUAACAAGCACAACCUGAAUAAACAGCCAAGAGAAACUCAUAGAAAUACUUGUUAUAUCCAUAUUAGCUUGCGGAACUUGGCUUCGCUGAUUCGCUUUCACUAUAGGAUAGCAUAAAUAAGCGGCUUACUUGAACUAAAAAUAGCGGAAAUGUAUGAAAGGUUGAGCGUUUAGAUAUCAUGGGGUUAACUUGGGAACACAGUUUACUUCAAAUACAUUGGGUGAGGAAAGUGUCUGAAACUACCAACUACAUUGCGACAAAUAAAGUGGUCCAAGACUUGAGACCACUUUGGGAGUAUCCAUGCAUGAGAAUAAUUCAACGAGGCCGUGUUUGUUUUUGGUUUACAAGCCUCAGAGUAUUCAGCUCGCUCGAGAUGCGUACAUUGCGGCGGCGGCCAUCAACUGCAUCACGAUGUUUCCCGCCAUUAUCUUGAACGUGCUUCUGAUGAGAGCGAUGUCUCGUUCGCCUGCUCUUCGGAAGCCAUCGACUCUUCUCCUGUACAGUGUUUCUGCGUCGGAUUUACUACUUGGUCUGAUCGUACAGCCGGGAUAUAUCGCCAAGAAGGUCGGAGAGCUCACUGAUAACUUUCACAUUUAUUGCAAGAGUGCAAUGUUAACGUACGUUGUAGGGAAUUCCUUGACGGCAGUGUCAUUACUCAAUCUUACUGCUAUCGCCAUUGAUCGAUAUCUCGUCGUGACUUCGGGAAUCCACUACCCGAGCAAGGUGACCAAAUGUCGCUUGUUUGUGAUUAUUGCGUUUAUAUGGACUUUUGCCAUAUCUAUAGCUCUGGGACAAAUUGUGAUUAAAAGGUUCCUGGUGCUUCUUUCAACGCUAUGUUACACCAAAGCGAUGUAUACCAUCAAAAGACAACAGACGCUCAUGAAUGCCGCAACCAGGAACAAUGCACGCACAGAACGCUACCGAAAGUCUAUAGUUACCAUGGUAACUGUAUUUAUCAUUUUCAUACUUUCCUACACGCCAUUUUGCGUCUCUGUGGUCAUGGUUGCAGCCAUGGGUGAGUCUGCAAAAUCCUGGUCAGCGGAGGCGCUUUGCUCUGUGAUAGCCUUUACAAACGCUUGUGUGAAUCCUCUCAUUCUGUUUUGGCGUAUCAGAGAAAUCAGAAACGCCGGGAGGCAGCUUUUGGCAGGGCUGAGCCUGCACACAGGCAGAGCAGAGGAGAGCCACUCAGAAUCCAUGGGUGGUAUGUCUAGGGUUCGCAUGCUAGCCAAAACGUCCACCGGAGUUUGAGAGUGCUUACUUCAGUGGAGAGGGGUAUUCCGCGAAUCUGCAUUUUACCGACAACAGUGGGAUUUGGCCAACGACCUAAUGGGGUUGCCCUGCCGAAAGCCAAAACUGCUGUCGUAUUAGAGACUGCGAAAUAAUAAGACUUUUAAAUGACUGCGAAAUCCCGAAAACUGUACACUGUUAAGACACAUAAAAAAAUAAAAGAAAAAAAUUAAUAUAUAGAUUUAGGCACUGCCUAAAAGCGGAGCCAGCAUUGAAAGAAUGUUUUUUUUAAUGAGAUUAAAGAAUAUAUGAAGGAUGUAACAGUAUUCCAAAGAUUUAGAUGCCAUACUAUAGUUUCCAUGUACUAAUAGUUCUUAAUUCCAAUUUUUUAAUUUCAAACCAAACCAUGUUCUUUGUCUUAUGUUUGGGGUAGAGAGGAAUAAAUCAACAAAUAAGCAGAAAGUCAAUGAGGAGUUGAAAGGGAGAAAUGCGCCUCUAUUUGAAAAAAAGUUAAUCUACUUAAAAAAAUAUGACAAAAAUGCAAUAAUAGCUUGACUGAGCACUUUCCUAACAUUUUUCCCUUUCCCAAUUCCCUGUAGGUUUGAUAUAAAACUGUUUUCUUUACAGAUUUAUUAUUAAAAAAGCACAAGUUUGUUAUUAUCUUUAUAUAAUUUAUUAAGCAAGUACCUUUCCCUUAUAAAAACCCUUUUAUAGAAGUUCCAUUAAUGUACACUUGUAUCAAAGCUACAUUCUGACCGGCUUUGCCCUUGCAAAGAAACAAAUAAUGGAUGAAACAGCAUUUCAAAGAUAGAAUGAUAUAGUUAGAUACACUUCAGGUGCCACUUACUAGUGAUACUCCAUCACCAAGGAAAUUAAAAUCCACAAAUAUACC